GCGGGGCCGGUUGCCGUGGCAACGCGGGGCUGUUUACCAGCGGGGCUGGGCGAGGGCUGCCGGAUGGAGCGGCGCGGAGACGUUUAAUUUACUGAUCAUUUCCAUUUCACUGAGACAAGAGAGGAAGGCGGAGAAACAAGGUGUUAAAUAACACAUCACUGGCAAAAGGCCCAUGAGCAUCUGGUUUUCCAACUCUAGUUAAUUUGAUGAAUACGGUGGAACAUGAAUGUUGGCAUCCCCCUUGGAGUAACAGACGGUUUAUGCACUUGAGAAGAGACAUUGGAUUAUGAAGGUGUCUUGAGAAGCAAUGGCCACAGUAGCACCAUCUGAAUGCAACACCACUUUGGGCACUGCAGAAGCUUUCAUUUGGCGGUCAAACACCAUCAAUAUGCAUGUCACCCGGCCGAAAUCUGCCAAGGGACGCACGAGAUCAAGCUUGAAUUACUCCCAUAGUGUGGAGGCCUAUUCUUAUAGAGUGCCAUCCUCCCCUCAGCCAGCAGCUCCCUAUGAAGCAGCAAGCAAUCAAAGAGCAUCUACCAAACCAUCUUGCCAGCCAGGGCAGGUGUCUCCUGAUGAAAUCCCAGAGCUCCUCCAGCAAGUGCCCUUGAGGACCUCCUCUUCCCUAAAUAAGUACAGAGUGCUCCCGUCCAUCAGCAGGAAGGGUGCUGUGGAAACCGUGAUCGAACAGACCAAGAAACUGAAAAUGAGUAGUAGACAGGAGGAGCAGCAACCAUCCAAAGCUCUUCCCAGAGAGGGAAAAUCCACUGGUGUAAUGACAGAGAACGAAGGGGCUAGAGGGGAAUGCUCAAAAGUCCAGCCUCCCAUUUCGGAGAAGAAGCCGUUAAGGAAAACAAGAGAAGAAAGCUCUUCAUCCUCAGUUUUAAACUUGGAGGAGCCACUGAAGAAAGAACCAAGACUGCUGCUUGCCGUUAGGUCUCCUUCUGGUCAAAGAUUUGAACAUCACUUCAGGCCUACGGACAGCCUUCAGACGGUCCUCGCUGUGGCAGAACAAAAGAACACAACCAAAUACAAACGCUGCAGUGUUGAAACAAUGGAAGUGCCUAGGAGGAGCUUUCCUGACCUGACCAAGUCCCUGCAAGAGUGCGGGAUCCCACACAAGUCAGUGUUGUGCAUCCUACAGGAAGAACAAGAGGGAGAUCUCUAAAUGUACGACGAUUCUUACACAACUUCGGUCACCCUUUAGCAUGUGACUCUGUUGGAUGCCAUGGACUUCCCUUUGAUGAGUGGUCUAAGCACUGAACCAGCCUGAUCUGUUUCAGUGGUCUACUUCUUAGUCCCGCGGUCUUCCAGGCGCUUCCCUUGAAGUAGACUUGUAUAUAAACAGAGUGUGCUGAAAUACUUCUUAAUUAUUUUAAAGUUUAUGUACACACCACAUUAAGAGUAUCUAUUUUUUCCACGUGUACAAUCAUAAUUCACUUUAAGAGUGGGCACCAGCUUCUGGGCUUCAUAGUACUUCUAAAUGGUUUUUUAAAGAGUUUCUAUUCUUCUGGGAAGACCCACUUUUCUGAUGCCCUCUCUUCUGGUGCGGGGAGGCCUGUCUUGUCUUCUCUGUUUUUGUUCCGGGAAUGCACCACUUCCCCACAUGAAGUCCGAGUCAGAAUAAUACAUGGAGCACUAUUUUUAUUUCUAUUUUGAUUCCUUAAAGUUACAUUAAUGAUCUUCAUAAUAAGGUAGCUUAUUAGCUGCAAGAACAGCUACAGUGGUCAAUACACAGAAAAUGGUCUCACAGCAGUAACUCAAACCGAGUUUGAGAGAGUAAAUACAUUGCUGGGAUGUGUUAAAAGUACAAGGUCAAGGGUAAAGUACAUUCAAGAAUCAAACUAUUCCCAUAUAACCUCAGAGCCUCAAGAGUAUGACUGCUUUGUCUUCUCAUAAAAGGAAAGUCAUGGUUAAGGUGGUCUGAUUCCUGAAUGGAUACAAAGAGGACUUUUUUUAAAACUCAUUAGCUUUCUUUCUUCAUCAACUGCAUAGGAUUGUGAUGCACACCUGUAAAUCAGGAAAUCCAGAGUUAAGGGUGGAUUGUCUGCUGUAACUUUGAAUUUCAGUGCUGUUUGCUACUGCAAUUUAACGUUCUUUUAAACUGAACUGCAUUAACCUGAACAACUAACCGUUGCUUUUGCGUUUUGGCUAAAUACGUACAGGAAGAGUUCUGCUGGGGCUGUUAUUUACCGAAUAGACUGUACCUCAAACUAUUGUGCUAUUUAUUUUCUAUAGUUCAGAAAAAUCAACCUGUGAGAGUAGAAGGCUUGGUCCUGUCUUUCUGUAUUAAUGCAGCUGCUGUGCACGUGCUAAAAAGCCUCAUAUUUUUUAGUGGAAAACCUUAUUGUCCAUGUGCAGUAGCUGAGUUGAACACCCAGUAUAAUAAAAGAAUGGAUCAGGCUACCUGACUGGACAGCUUGCCAAAUAAAUAGGCUACUUUUGAGUAUUACAGGUGAAACAAAUUCAGUGUUUUUGCCUCACUCUAAUGGCCAAACCAACCUUUUGUAAAGGGGGGUAGAAUAUUUGCUCUUUACUGUGAUCACAUAUGCUGAAUUUCAGUCAAAAGCAAAUAUUCGUAGGCCAGCAAUUAAGCCCCGUAGAACAAGACAGCUGCUGAAAUACUAGCACUAUACGAUGCUGCAAGUGGUGACACUGGUCUGUUGACUUCACUAGCAGCAUUUAGAUGACUACACUAAGCUAAAAGCAUUCUUAAUUGCCUUCAGGGGUACAACUGUAUCAGAGCUUAGUUGUAAUCCUCAUUAGAAACCUAUUUGGGAACAUGGUAGAAAGAAUGUUUCACUAUGAAAAUUGCCAAGAGCAGUGGGAAGAAUGAACUAACUGUAUGAUUAAUUUUUUACGUGGAAGAAUACAGCAUAUUCUUCUGUUCUGAACUUAGUGUUGGCUGUUCGUGAGAGAUGGCUGGUUCAAGUGGCAGAACUGAGUGUAGUGUUGUUGGCCAGCACACUGCAGCAUAGAAGAGCCCGCUAAUGCUAAAAAAUGCAAACCACCUCCAUAAGCGAAGUGUUCAGUUCUUUUUGAAUAAAUCUGAGCUAUUAACUGGUGGCUUCCUACCCCUUUUUAAAUACUUAGUUGUGAAAUGUGACCAAAACUCCGCAAGGUGUUACCGCAGCCAUUGCUUCCUCCUCUACAGGGAGUCCAGAUGGUUUUCAAACCUUUUCCACUUGAAUGCACCUAUUCAAGUCACAUCUUGGCUAGGAUAAAGGGAAAAUAGGGAUGUGUCCUGAAGAGCUUUGCUAUGAAAAAAUCUGUGAGCAACGUCACUGGAAACGAUAGCUUGUUGCAGGCAUUGUUUCAGUAGCUACUGCAGAUUUUAUGCAUUGACACAAUCUCUUUCCCCACAGAUCAGCUAGUCACAUGACAUACAGGAAUAGGUUAAGGGAAGUGGUAAAAAAAAAAAAAUCAGACUUAAGCUAUAAAACAAAUACUAGGUCAAGUACUGUCAAUUUACUGUUUGAGAUGUGUGUAUGAUGUUACAUUUAAACAAUGUUAAAUAAACGGUUUUCAGUGUGAA